AUCACUUUUCUUCCACAGAAUAACCAAUUUAACACAAUGGCAGACUGCUUGAAGCCACCUAGGCUAUCUAGCACUGAAGAUGACUCUGUGAUACUGUUUUCAACAUCUAAUUCUCCUGAAGAGUCUAGUCCUUCUUCAUCUUUCAACCAUUCACCACCACCAUCACUACAUCAACACAAAACUGCAUGCAAACUUUCAGUGAGAAAUCUUUCCUACACUUUGCACCCUCAUAAGGCCACUUCCUUUCCCUUUAGUCACCUGACUCAAAAACCAAAGCCUGUAAAUAUACUAAAGUCAGUCUCUUUUGUUGCCAGAAGUUCUGAGAUUGUUUCUGUUGUUGGUCCUAGUGGCACAGGAAAGUCUACCCUUCUGCGAAUCAUCGCCGGAAGGGUAAAAAAUGAAGAUUUUGAUCCUAAAAGCAUCUCAAUCAAUGAUCAGCCUAUGACUAGUCCAGCUCAGUUGAGAAAGAUAUGUGGCUUUGUGGCACAAGAGGACAAUUUGCUUCCUAUGCUAACUGUGAAAGAAACUUUGUUGUUUAGUGCCAAGUUUAGGCUAAAGGAAAUGGCACCAAAGGAUAGAGAGUUGAGGGUAGAAAGCUUGUUGCAAGAGCUAGGCCUUUUUCAUGUUGCAGAUAGUUUUGUGGGGGAUGAAGAGAAUAGAGGGAUAUCAGGUGGAGAGAGGAAAAGGGUGUCUAUUGGAGUUGAUAUGAUUCACAAUCCUCCGAUUUUGCUCCUAGAUGAGCCAACAUCAGGUCUAGACAGCACUUCAGCUUUGCAAGUCAUAGAGCUUCUGUCGUCAAUUGUUAAAGCAAAGAAAAGGACAGUGGUUCUUUCAAUCCACCAACCAAGCUAUAGAAUAUUGCAGUAUAUUUCCAAGUUCUUGAUCCUCUCACAUGGUUCAGUUGUUCACAAUGGUAGCCUAGAACUGCUAGAGGAAACCAUAACUAAAUUGGGAUUUCAAAUUCCUAAACAACUGAAUGCGUUAGAAUUCUCCAUGGAAAUCAUACGCGGGUUGGAAGAUUCCAGCUCCAAAUAUGACACAUGCACCAUUGAGGAAAAGGAGUCAUUUCCAAACCUCAUGUGGCCAGAGGAAGAAAACUGUGGAGUCCAAACACAUUGUAACAAGGAAAGUCUUGGCAGUCUUUGUUAUACAAACUUGAUAGAGAUAUUGUUUCUGUGCUCAAGAUUUUGGAAGAUCAUCUAUAGAACAAAGCAGCUUUUCUUGGCUAGAACAAUGCAAGCACUAGUUGGUGGCUUCGGGCUAGGAAGUGUAUACGUUAAGGUAAGAAGAGAUGAAGGAGGAGUUGCAGAAAGGUUAGGUCUAUUUGCAUUUAGCCUUAGUUUUCUCCUCUCUUCUACAGUUGAAGCACUUCCAAUAUACCUUCAAGAGAGGAGCGUUCUGAUGAAAGAAGCCUCAAGGGGAGCCUAUAGGAUUUCCUCUUACAUGAUAGCCAACACUUUUGUCUUCCUUCCUUUCUUGUUUGUGGUAUCUAUACUUUUUGCUGUUCCUGUGUAUUGGCUUGUAGGACUCAAUCCUUCCCUUUCUGCCUUCACCUUCUUCACUUUUGUGGUGUGGCUCAUUGUGCUCAUGGCAAGUUCUCUAGUGCUCUUCUUAAGUGCAGUCUCUCCUGAUUUCAUUUCAGGGAACUCACUCAUUUGCACAGUGCUUGGAGCCUUCUUCCUCUUCUCUGGAUACUUCAUCCCAAAGGAGAGCAUCCCAAAGUAUUGGCUUUUCAUGUACUAUGUGUCUCUCUAUAGGUACCCUUUGGAUGCACUCCUCACAAAUGAGUACUGGAAUGUUAGAAAUGAGUGCUUCUCACAUCAAAUGGAGGGGUCACAGUGUUUGAUUACUGGGUUUGAUGUGUUGAAGAGUAGAGGACUUGAAAGGGAUAACAGGUGGAUGAAUGUGGGAAUAAUGCUAGGAUUCUUUGUCUUGUAUCGUGUGCUUUGUUGGAUAAUACUUGCACGAAAGGCUUCCAAGACAACAAUAUAAUAACGAGUUCCAAAGCUAUAUCAUUUGUCAUUACUUGAAAACAAAACAUAGGUUUCAAAGAUAGCUAGUUUAUUAGAGUUCACAUAGAGAAGAGACUUGUUCCCAGUCCCAUAGUACAAGUAUGAAAUAAUAAGCCUUGUACUCGAGACCAAUCACUACCUUUUUAUGCAUCAAACUUGCUUCAUGCGUUAUUAGUACAUGAUAUGAAAUUUUAUGCUACAAAUGUAUUGUAAGUAUAUAUGAAUGAA